AAGUCAACUGCAAGAACUGCGAGAGAAAGAAGUCAUCCAUAGGACAUGUGAAGACCAUAACCUCAAGCAACCUGCCAACUGCAACGUAAACAACGAUCAGAAGAACAGAGUCCACAUAGGGAAAACGAGUUCAAAAUCUAACCUGAACGCCCAUUUAACUGAAAGAAGCCCUUGAUUACUUAGAGAAAAUUAUGGGUGAAGAUGACGAGCCAACAGCAUUGUAUUUACAACCCCCCGAAACCGAAGAUGGAGCUGUUAGCGGAGAUGAUGACAAGGAAGAUGAAGAAGGUGGGUUACCAGAUAACGUGUGCCGUGGACAGUUAAAAGAUAACUGUGAAAUAAUUAUGAAAAAUGGCAGCUGUAUUGAGACUAUUGAACAAAUAAAAUCCCGACAAAAUGUGGAAGCAGAAACUGGAAUAGAUGACAAAAUUUUGGAAAGUUUUAGAAUGUUUUCAACAAUCUGUGAGUACUAAUAAUGAAGAUAUUAUGAACAAUCAAUCUUGCAAGUCUUCAGUGGAGUUACAACAUGUUCAGUCAACAAGGUCUACGUGUAUAAUUCCACCAUUCAACAAGAACGCAGAUUUCAAAUGGGUAGAAGACAAAUCUGAACCAAUUACUGCUGUAUAUCCUCCCGCUAAUUACCAGGAUUGUUUGGGAAUGCCACCCAAUGAACAAUUUGAGAAAUUUUUCCAUGAUGCUAUAUUACAAAAUAUUUGUGAUGAGUCAGAAAAGUAUGCUAGAUUUCUUGAGAAGCCUAAUCCAAACAAUACCUUGGAAGAGUUGAAAGUCUUUAUUGGCAUUUUACUUGUAACUGACUACAACUAUCACCCAUGUGUACGAUCAUUUUGGGGCAAUGAUGGUGAUCUGAAGAAUGAAAUGGUCUCAAACGCUAUGCAAAGAAACAGCUUUCAACAGAUACUGCAGUUUCUUCACUUUGAGGGCAGUCGGAAAAAAAGGAAGUGAGGGGGAUAAAAUGUGGAAAUUAUAUCCCAUUACAGACCAUCUGAAAGCAAAUAUGCUACACAUUUCCAUCCCGAGCAGAAUCUUUAGUACGACGAUGUACGAUGGCAUACUUCGGACGUCAUGGCUGUAAGCAGUUUAUAAAGAGAAAACCACUGCGAUUUGGAUACAAGGUUUGGCCUUUAUGCACACAAGCAGGUUACCUAAUAAAUUUCAAAAUAUACCACAGUCAAAAUCCACGAACGAUUCAAGAGUAUGACUUGUGACUACGAUUGAUGAGUUUGAAACAGAUGUCCAGCAGCUCCAGUUCUCAUUUUAUUUUGAUAAUUUAUUUACUGGACUUCCAUUGUUAGCAGAACUGAAAUCUCUUGGGUUCUAUGGAACAGGAAAUAUCUGUGCAAACAGAAUUCCGAAAAACUGCCCACUUGAAAUCAAAACAGUUCUAAAGAAAAGGUCAAGAGGAUAUGUUACUUCUAUCAAAAUGGAGGAUACUGGUAUAAUUGUCACCAAAUGGUUACAUAAUGCUCUUGUAAAUGGUGCACCAAAAUCAUAUGGAAAGAAUCCCAUUUCACUGGUGCAGUGUUAUUCCAGAGAACACAAAAAGAAAAUCAGUGUUAGAAAACAACAGAUCACUGGGAGGCAUGGACCAAAAUGGACCUGAUGUAAACCUUUAUUGAACCGGGAAUCGUGGUAAAAAAUGGUGGAAUUGCAUCAUGGUUGGUUGAUGUGGGUGUGCAUAAUAGAAUUGCCCAUCCUACCAUAUCUCACUUAGAAUUUCGCCACCACAUUGCCAUCUACUACUGCAAUCACUAUGGAGAAAAUCCAAAGGCCCAGGACACAGGCGUGCAUUACAAGAUACAACUUAUGAAAAUCUAUGUUAUGAUGAACUUAACCAUUGUCCAGUUUCAACUGAGAAGAAAAGGAGAUGUGCUGGUGAAAACUGCUCCACAAUCAGUCGAACUGCAUGCUCAAAGUGUGAAACUGUACUAUGCAUAAAAUGUUUUCAAAAUUACCAUUUCAAAAUUUAAAAAAGGUACUAAACACAUGUACAAUAUUACUGUAUGUUCAUAUUUCAUGCAAAUAAUGAAAUUUCU